UAGACUUUUCGUACUAUGGAAUCUGAUAGUAAUUUAAAUUAAAUAAUAUAAAUAUAUAUAUAUCAUAUAUAUAUAUGUAUAUUUAUUUUAUAUUAUAUAAUGGUAUUCCGUAAUCUUGUAAAAUGUUUAAAUAGGAUACAAAUUAAUUAUGUUUUCAAUAAUACAUUUAAAAUAAAACAUGGAACGAAAUGUCUAUAUAUGAAAAAACAAACAUACAGUACAAAUGAGAAUGUUGAAAAAAUUUAUGAAAUACCUAUUGAAAAUAUCCGCAAUUUUAGUAUAAUAGCCCAUGUUGAUCAUGGUAAAAGUACCCUUGCUGAUAGACUUCUAGAAAUUACUGGUGCUAUAAAGAGGAAUUCAGGAAAACAAGUAUUAGAUACAUUGCAAGUAGAAAAGGAACGUGGAAUUACGGUUAAAGCUCAAACAGCUUCCCUUACGUAUUCAUAUAAAGGACAAAAUUAUCUUUUAAAUUUGAUAGAUACUCCAGGUCAUGUAGAUUUCUCAUCCGAGGUAUAUCGUUCAUUAUCAGCUUGUCAAGGUGUCAUAUUAUUAGUGGAUGCAAAUGAUGGAGUACAAGCGCAAACUGUUGCAAAUUUUUAUUUAGCUAUUAAAAGAGAACUUGUAGUAAUACCAGUAAUAAAUAAAAUAGAUUUGCCAACUGCAGAUCCAGAAAGAGUAAAGAAUCAGUUAAAAACAUUAUUUGAUAUAAAUGAAAAAGAUAUAUUACAAAUAUCUGCUAAAUUAGGAACAGGUGUUAAUGAAUUAUUACAAGCUGUACUCAAAAGACUUCCACCUCCGCUUGUAGAUAGGAAUUUACCAUUUCGUGGUUUAAUAUUUGAUAGCUGGUAUGACAAAUAUAAAGGAGCUGUUUCCUUAAUAUAUGUGAAGGAUGGAACUUUAUCUGUUGGUGAACAUAUUACAUCCUUUACUAACAAAAAAUCUUAUGAAAUUAAAGAAUUAGCACUUUUAAGACCUGAGGAAGAACUUGUUAAAACUUUAUUCGCAGGAGAAGUUGGAAGUAUAAAAUGUAAUAUGAGAUCUUCUAAAGAAGCACAUAUUGGGGAUACUUUAUAUAGAAAAGGCCACCCUGUAGAAUCAUUAGGUGGAUUUACAGCAAUAAAACCAAUGGUAUUUGCUGGAGUGUAUCCUAUAGAUCAAUCACACUUUUUUACAUUACAAAAUGCGAUUGAUAAACUUAUUUUAAAUGAUAGUGCUGUUGAAGUUGUACCAAAUUCUAGUGCUGCACUUGGACGUGGCUGGCGAGCUGGAUUUUUAGGACUUUUGCACAUGGAAGUAUUUAUACAGAGGUUGGAACAGGAAUAUGGUACAGAACCAAUAGUUACAGCACCUGGUGUUACAUAUAAAGCCAAAAUUAAAGGACAUACAAAUAUAGUACGAUAUAAAGGAGAUAUGAUUGCCUUCAAUAAUCCUAUUGAUUAUCCUGACAAACAAAUUACUGUAGAAUAUUAUGAGCCAAUGAUCAUUAGUACUAUUAUAACACCAGAUAAGUAUAUAGGACCGGUAAUUUCAUUAUGUCUUGAGAAACGUGGGAUUGAACAAUAUUCCCAAACUAUUGGAAAUAAUAGAACAUUAUUAAAAUUUUUAAUGCCAUUAAACGAAGUGGUCCUUGAUUUUCACGAUACACUGAAAACUAUUACUUCUGGAUAUGCUAGCUUUGAUUAUGAAGAUAAUGGAUAUCAUCCUUCUGAAAUUGUGAAGUUAAAUAUUCUCUUAAAUAGUAAUAUUGUAGAAGAAUUAAGUACAAUUGUACAUUGUACUAAAGCAAGAGAAGUGGGAAAAAGAAUGUGUAGUAAACUUUUGGAUAUUAUUCCACGACAAUUAUUUGAAAUAUCAAUUCAAGCAACAGUUGGAAGUAAGAUACUUGCAAGGGAGAAUUUGAAAGCAUAUAGAAAGGACGUUACUGCAAAAUUGUAUGGAGGUGAUGUUACCAGAAGGAUGAAAUUAUUGGCAAAACAAAAACAGGGAAAAAUCAAAAUGCGCAUGAUCGGAAAUAUUUCCUUGCCACGAGAAACAUUUAUAAAUGUACUCAAACGAUAAUAUACCGUGUAUAUAUAUAUAUAUAUAUAUGAUUCUUACUUUGAACAAAAAAUAAAAAGAAUAUAUAAAAUAAAAA